GGCAGGCCUCGAUCUAACACGUGUUUCACAAUUUAACAGACAGAUGGCAGGCCUCAAUCUACCUAACACAAGUUUAUAAAUUGACAGUUAAGUGAUAUUCGAAUAGAGAAAAGUUUGAAUAAAUAAUGAAGGAAAUAUUACCAAAUCAAAAUGUAUCAAAUUAUAAUAAUUCAUUUGUCGGUAAUAAUGGAGAAACUAGUGUUAACAGUAUGACGAAUGAUAAUAAUACUAGAAGAUAUGCUAUGCUUAGUACAGAAUGGAUUUCUGCAAUUGGAGAAGAAUUAGGAAUGCAUCCUUUGCCAGAUUCUAUUUUACGAAGAUUAGCAGAAGAUGCUUCUUAUAGGUUAAGAGAAAUUUUACACAAAUGUAUUACAAGAUUGAAACACAGUAGAAGAAAAUGUUUAACAUCAAACGAUUUAAAUGCAGUACUUACAAGUUUGUGCAGCGUAGAUCCUGUUUUAGGACCACCCGAUAUGAUGCCAGAAUAUCAUUCAGAAGCUAAAGUAUUUGUUCCAAAUGAACGUAUCAUUAACUUGGUUGAUAAAGUUAACGAAGCUAUUAAUGUAUCCCAAGACAACGUAUCUUUCAUUCAAGAGAUGGAAGUAUGCGAUGUAAGAUUAACGGAGGCUCGUUACCAUUAUGCUAAACGUGCUUUAAAAACAUUGUUCAAUGGUUCCCAGAAAACUUUUCAGGUAUUGGUCAACGAUUGUGCGAACAAUCCACAUUUAGGUGCAGAAGGUGUCAUAGAUAGAUUGAUGUCAAUUGCUAGAUCAAUGGUCAUUUCUAACAACGCUCAAUAUACUCGAGUAUCAAUUCGUACAUGUCAACUUAUUAUUGCUAUUGCCAGUAACAGCGAUGCUGUUUAUCCAUAUUACUUAACAACGGUAGAUAAAUUAACCGAAUUGUUAUUAGAAUUACUUCUUGGACAAAGUUUUAUAAAUCCUAAUUUGGAAGUACUAUUUAAGGAAUGUGUAUUAAAACUGAUGCUUCGUUGGUCAUCCAUUGCUAAUAAAUACAUUCCUAUAUUGGAAGAUAUACUUGUCAGAGAUGAGAAAGAGGAUAAUGAAGUAAUUAAAAAAAGAACAAUGGCCAGAGAAUUAUUAGCAAGCGUACAACCAUUAAUCUUUUUUCAAUCUGAUAAAGAUACACCAAUUUUUAUAGAUAAUAUUUUAAAAUAUGCACCACCUGGUUCCGUUAUUUGGCAAUGCUUGGCAUUGGCAGUUUGCGCUUUGUUAAAAUCUGGUGCACAUGGUUUGGAUUUGACAAGUAUUAUUGAACAUUAUGGUGAUUCUUUGUUACCAUAUUUACCUGUUAAAUAUGACAAUGAUACAAGUGAAUAUAGAAAAACACCAACACUUCCAAUUAUUAUAAAAAGUAAAAUUAAAUAUGCUAAAGUAAGACCAGUUAAUACUAAAAUAUUGUGGGACAGACAAUCAGCUUUUCCAGAUUCUACUUUGAAAGGACCCAGAAAAGAAAUAAGAUUUGCAUUCGCUGGUGGUCGACCUGUUCCACCAAGUAAUUUAAGACGCAUCAGUUUGAGAGCAAAUUAUCAAAUUUUAAGAAGUGAACAUCAAGCAACACUUGCAUUAGUUGCAUCACGCAGACUUCUUGUGUUAAGAAAUACGAAGAAAAAAAUACUUCAUGUCUACAAUCCUAUUCAUAUUUGUCUGUGAUUAUUAUAUUGUCUGUUAAAUGUUAUAUUUAUUAAUUCCUCUUUUUUUUUUCUUCUUUUUUUUUUAGAUUCAUAUGUAUAUAUUUGUUGUCAUGAUCAUAAUUAUAAUGCAUAGUUCUUCAUAGUGUGUGAUGCAUAAAUUGAAAAAAUCUUUAGAU